CCGGAAACUUCUUUACCUAAAUGAAAGCGCGCGGAGUUAGAAUUAUUAUUAUUAUAGAUUGUAUAAUUCUUGAAAACAUGGGGUUGUAUUAAUAUGUGAUGAUGGGAAAAGUAAAGAAGCCUGCCAGUGCAAGCAAGGAGGAAGGUCAGAAAAAGAUAUCCAGCUUCUUCCAGCAGAAACCGGCAGAAAAAACAAAGCCUAAGGCAUUGUUCACUGAGCAUGGUCACCAAAAAAAUGCUCAAAAAUUCCAGCUGACAGAACAGAUAGCCAUUUCAGAUGGUCUGGAAAAAAAGCUUGAAAGCACAGGAAGACAAAAUUUGCCUAAUGAAAAGGAAAAUGUUAAAGAGACAUUAAGAUGUAAAGCAGAACAUGUGGAAACUUCAGUUAAUGAAAGGGCUAGAGCUAAAAACACAGCUGACAGUGCUAAACAGGCAGCAGUGACUUGUAUCCCAGAAACUCAGAUAUGUUUUACACCACCUGGUGUAAAAGAAAGUAAAAAUGAUGUUAAAGACUCUCCUGAAGUGAAUGACUUCGGUCUCAUACCUGAUACACCUCAAGAAAAGAAAGAAGAAGUAACAAAACCAAAACGUCCUUUAGGAAGAAGUUUUUUGCUCUCAGCAGCACAAAUGGGUACAAAUCCUAUACAGAAAGCAAAAGAGCACAGACAAGAGAAACUAGCAAUGAAGAAGAAAGUGAGUCAGGCAAGGAAAAGCUUAUUGUCGGUAUCUGUUCAGUUUAACCCUGAAGAGAAAGAAAUGUCAAACGGUACAGUGAAAACUGCGUGUUCUUUGAAUGCUUACCUUGAUAAAAAUGUUACUGCAGACACUGAGAAUCACAACGGGGAUCUUCAUGGUAAUAGCAAUUUAGUAUGUGAUGGUAAAACUCCUACAAAAAUUUAUUCUGAUGGAAACACCAUGAAAAGAAUGGCAAAGUCAGGUACAUCACCUGACUCUAAAAGACUUGUUAGUGAUGAAUCUGGAAAAGUUAAUGAUAGCAAUGGUGUAUCAAAUGGGAAACAGUUGUCCUUGGGAAAUUCAGUUUGUAAACUUGAUUUUGAUGGAAACACAGAAAAGCUUGUAACAGAAGGAGCAGGGUUAGGAAAAAUUGACACCCCAGUUGAUGAAACUGACUUUAAAAGUGCUAAAAGUUUAUUGGAGAAUAAAAGUAAAGCAAAAAGCAAAGAAGAACAGAUUAGGAUGGAGAGAAAGAAAAUGAGAGAAAGAAUGCUGAAACUCAAGCAAGAGAAAGAACUUCUUGAGAAGAAAAGGGUUGCUAAAGAAGAGAACAGAAGAAAAAGUGAGAAACUGAUGAAGUACCAGUUAACUGGGGUUGCAGAUGGUGAAGAGAAAUAUGAGGGAGAUAUAUCUGUGACCCAGGAUGAUGCUCUUGAUGAUAUACUGCAAGAACUUAAAUCUCCAAGUUUAAUUAAACCAUCAAAGACAUCGAAAUCUUCAGUAAUUUCUAAAACCAAGAUUAAGGCUUCAGAUUUUACAAAAACAAAACCAUUAGAUAAAAAAACUACAGACAAAAUUGUUAAACGUCAUACACAUGCAGAUGAUACGAGUAAAACAAAUGAUUCGGCAGUAGUGAAACAUAAAGAAUUGGAUAUUGUUAAUGAUUGGACUAAAGAAGACGAUGAUUAUUUUUCAAAACUUGGAGUAGAAAUAGGUGUUAAAACAAAGGGUAAAGAUGUUUUAAAGAAGGCUGAUGAUGAAUUUGAAAUAGAGCACUACCUGACACCUUGUAACCUAGCAACAGAAAGGUCAAAGACACCAACAGCAGAAAUGGAGAUUGAAGAGUUUGUGUCUCAGCAACCAGAUAGUAAACUACUCUGUGAUCAAAUGGAAGGCCUGUCUCCAUUUAAAAAGAAAAGGGAAACUACAAACACUGUGAUGGGUCAGACAGAAGCUCCAUGUGCUAGUUAUGGAAGGCAUACUGUGACUAAAGUUAGUUAUUCCAAUGAUAAACACCAGAUGGAACUUGAUGUUAGCUCACAACCAGGAGAUAUCCACAGGAAAUGUAUACUCAGUGGAUUCUGGUAA